CGGGGGGUCGGGGUCAUUGGGCGUCGCUCGCGAGACUCAGCUCAGAGAACUGCCUCUCCCCUCGCUCUACGCCCUUUCAUGAAACUGGGAAAAGUCACGUGAUUGGUCAUGUCAUGUGACAACAUAACCUCCCCGCCUGUCGAGCUCUAUGGAGACUUCCAGUAACCCGGAUGUGGCCGCGCUUCAUUGAGGACCUCGAAGAGCAACGUGUCCUGUUGGCGCUGGCGUUCACAUCCGGGUCUUUCCCGGCCUGUUGCUGCCCUCCCCCUCCAAGAUGGCGGAGCUGAACCGGCAGUUACAGGAGUACCUCGCUCAGUCUAAGAGUGGCAGCGGCCCCGGCCCAGCGGCCCCGAGCUCCUCGCGGCCGACGCCGGAUGCCGCUGACGCCGGAGGGGGGACGUGGCUGGGCCGGCUGAGCCCCUUCUUCUCAGGCCGCUCCUCCUCCUCGUCCCCGGCGGCCGGCUCGUGGCCCUGGGCGGCCGAGCCGGACCCCUGGCUGCCGGGGCUGUCGCGCUGGCAGCGGCUGGUGGGGAGCGGGCUGUGCCUGGUGCUGGCCGCGCUCUGCUUCGGCCUGGCCGCGCUCUACGCGCCGCUGCUGCUGCUCCGCGCCCGCAAGUUCGCGCUGCUCUGGUCGCUGGGCUCGGCCUUUGCGCUGGGCGCCGCCGGCUUCCUGCGGGGGCCGAGCCGCCUCCUGCGGGAGCCCAGCCGCGGCACCGUGCUCUACCUCGGCGCCCUGGCCGGCACCCUGUACGCGGCGCUCGGCCUGCGCAGCACCCUGCUCACCGCGCUCGGGGCCGCCGCCCAACUCGCCGCCAUCGCCGGCUGCCUGCUCGCCCUGCUGCCCGGGGGCCCCGCCGGCCUGCGCUACCUCGGCGGCCUCCUGGGCGGCUUCGUGCGCCGCCGCGUCUCCAAAACCCUGCCCGUGUGAGGGGCCGAGCAGACCCAGUUGGGGGCUGAGACCAGCGGUCCCCUCCCCAUCCCCAGGACGGAUCUUCGCUGCUGUCCCAUGAGGCCGAUCGCCCGUCCCUGCUGGACAGAUGCGGAGGACACGGCGUCUGGCUGGGCAACAGCCUUUCUGAAUAUAGGGCCACAGGCCAUCAGCGUCCCGCCCCUCCAGCGCGGCUGGCACGGCUCCCUCCGCGGGGUAUGCGGCUCCGAGGCCGUAGCGGAGCGUGGGUGUCCUGCUGCUCCGGGGCAGGGGGUGACUGAGCGACAAAGCCAGUGCGGUUUCCUCCCUCCCCCCGGUCCUAUUGAAGGCAAGUUCUUCCUGCACAAUCGGCGCGCUGCGGUGAGGGAGGAGGCAGCUGGGAGCUGCGCUCUGUGCAGGCGCCUCCUGAGGACGGGGACCUUUACAAAGAGACUUGGCUGUAAGUUGGCAGAAGCUACUUGGGAGAGUUCAGGGAAAACGAAUCAAACUUGACAGUUAAUAUGGACAACAGGAGCGAAACCGACCAAAGGAAGGAGUUUUGCUUCUCCAAGGACCAGUGUUGAUGUAGCUAUGGAACAGUUUUUCUCCCUACCUUUGAACAGUACAACUAAAAUCCUAAAGUUGCAUCUAUGACUAUACGUUGUUGUUUUUACUGUAUUCAUAUGUAACAUUUUUUGUGCCAUCAUUCGCAGUCCUAUCUCAGUAUAUGCUUUGCCUUAUCAGUGCAAAAUGAGCUUUGUAGCAGUAUGCUGGAGUCUGUGUCCUGUUCUGGGUGGUAGAUGGAUUACCAGAUUCCUAUAUCAAGUGUAGGAUCACAUGGCUGAAACUCUUACUUUGAAGUGGCCUGUAAGAAUACACAGCCAAGCAUAUUGUUGAUACUAAACUCUACCCCUGGUAUAAUGCUUUGUUAUACUUCUGAGCCUUGCCGGAUUCACUCCAGCUUGGGAUGUGCUGAUGCCAGGUGCCUCAUAGGAAAAUCUGUUUAUAGAUAUCCAUGAAACUUCAAAAAAAGUUGGGUGUGUAUAUAUAGAGCUCCUGUUUUGGAGUUUAUCUUUGGAUGUUUAUUUUUAGCAACUUGAGUUCUAUGUAGAUGCCCAAAAAUUUGGGGCGAGGGUUGGACCAAAAGUUAGUCCUUCUUCGUAUAUACUGUAAUGCAUAAUCUCUUUAUUUUUCCCUGGUGUGAUUUAAUGUAAUACUAUUUCAGAUAGUGCUACUUAAAGUGCACUAAGGAACCUUUUAUGCACCCCAGCAGGGUCUGUGUGGACCUAUUAAUACACAACAUAUGUACUUUAGAAAUCACACACCUGAAGUCUGCAUUACUGCUGUGUUGAUCAGCCCUUAGAUACAAGUUAACCAUAUCCAGUAUUGAUUGGAUAAAUACUGUUUUUCUUUUUGGAGCAGGGGUUUUAUUGGUUAAAACCUAAAAUCAGAAGCUCUAGAUAUAUUACCACAAAUGUUGUUUCAUGACAUCUUUAUAUCAGAUUACAAUUGUAAAGAGUCAAAAUGUAGUGAUCAACUGUAAUUGCAACCAUCUUUGAUUGGCUUAUAUGGUAGUCCAGUGAAAGUUAAAUGGAACAGGUAUGUCAACAGUCUUUUUUUUUUUAAACACAAUCAACUGUGACCUUCAAAAUACUGAAAACAACAUCCUUUAACAAGUAGCAUUCAUAAAGGUUGUGGAUCACAGAAGGUCAUAUUCUUUGACAAGCAGGGGCAUACCUCUUUUACGUAGGGAAUCAUGAAAAAAGUGAAGUAUAUCAGAGAUCAGUUAGUUCUUUGCAGUAAGACUGCUAGAAUGGUGCUACAGAAGCUUUUGCCUCCAGAGCUGCAGUCAGUUCCUGAAGUCCUCACUCAUUGGUUCUAGGAGCUGGGCAGGCACUGCUUAUUUAGCAGUGAUGCUUGUAGCCUGACCUUGAGAAAUAGAUUGGCUAGUAGAGGCUGGGCAUAUUGCAAAAAACAUACUUGAGUAUUCUUAUCAGAUUCUACUUAGGAAGAGAUGAUCUUAAUCUACUCAUUUAAUAUUUGCACUACAGUAAACAAAUGCUUAACUUCAGAAAUAUUGUAUGUCU